AUGGCUCAGCCUGCACCAUCGCCGCUGGAGCUCGACUCUAAGUACGAUGACUACGAUUUCCCGACCACGGCGCCGGUCGCCCAGAACGGGCACCCCGGCUUCUUGACGGCUCAACAGCAGGCCCAGGUGCAUCAGUUGCGGUUGCUACUUGAGAAGGAGGGCUACACCAAGCGUCUCGACACACUCACACUGCUGCGCUUUUUGCGCGCUCGCAAGUUUGACGUGGAGCUUGCGAAGAAGAUGUUCGUCGACUGCGAGAAGUGGCGACAAGAAAUCAACCUUGAUGAACUCCUGCCGACCUGGGAGUACCCGGAGAAGGAGGAGAUGUUCAAGUACUAUCCCCAGUACUACCACAAGACUGACAAGGAUGGCCGCCCCGUCUACAUUGAGCAGCUGGGCGGUAUCGAUCUGAACGCCAUGUACAAGAUUACGACAGCGGAGCGCAUGCUGAACAACCUGGCGGUCGAGUACGAGCGGCUGGCGGACCCACGGUUGCCGGCGUGCAGCCGCAAGUCCGGCACCCUUCUUGAAACCUGCUGCACCAUCAUGGACCUCAAGGGUGUGGGCCUGACCAAGGCGCCGCAAGUGUACGGCUACGUCAAGCAAGCCAGCGCACUCAGCCAGAAUUACUACCCAGAGCGCCUCGGCCGGCUGUACCUGAUCAACGCGCCCUGGGGGUUCAGCACCGUCUGGGGCGUCGUCAAGGGGUGGCUGGAUCCUGUCACGGUGCAGAAGAUCCACGUCCUCGGCAGCGGUUAUCAGAAGGAGCUUCUCGCGCAAGUGCCCGCCGAGAACCUGCCCAAGCAGUUUGGCGGCACGUGCGAGUGCCAGGGCGGUUGCCAGUUCAGCGACAUGGGCCCGUGGCGCGAGCCGGAGUGGGCCCGCCCGGCACAAUGGGAGAAGAAGGAAGACACCACCAUCCAGAAUGCACCGGGCGAGAUCGUCGAGGUUGCUGAGGGUGAGAAGGCGCCGGCUGCUGCCACCGAGACGGACGCUGCUAAGGCUGAUGCAGCUGCUCCGGUUGCCGCGUAA